CCGUGCGCGUUAAGACACCAUGAUUGCAUAUGAUGUGUUUCAUCCACUACUAAUUUUAGUUAUGUCGUUGUUUUUCUGUCUGUCUGUCCUCUGUCUGAAAGUAUAAACUCAAUUUUCCCAUUGAAAUCAAACAGCUGGGAUAGAAAAUAGAGUGCUGUCAAUUACAAUUUGAGGCGGAGCCUGAGCUGGUCGAAAGCGAGGCUGACUUCAGUUUAGCACAGUAGCGUCUUUCGACAGUCUGGAAGAAGUCUGUGGACUGGCGCGAUGGGGCGGCGAAUUAAACCGUCUCUAGUUCAUUCUGCCUUGCUCGUCUUUACUGCGAUAUCCCUGACUCACGGCUCUGGAGUUUUCGAACUUCGACUUGUCUCCUUUACUAACGACUACGGGCGAGAUUUUGAGGGGAACUGUUGUAGUGGGUAUCGUACUGCCCAAGGAUCGUGCAGUAGUGUUUGUCGGACAUCUUUUCGUGUAUGUUUGAAACAUUAUCAAACAACAAUUGACCCAAACCCGCCGUGCACGUUCGGAGAAGUCAUAACGCCCGUGAUGGUUAAUAAUUCAGUUUAUCACUUGGAUAAAAAAGUUCGGUUUUCGUUCGAUUUUUCGUGGCCGGGAACGUUUUCACUGAUUGUCGAAGCUUGGCAUGUUAGCUCAGUUGAAGGAGGAGGUAGAUCUUUGAUCACACGACUUGCCAUUCAGCGUUAUCUGGAAGUCAGCCCACGGUGGUCGGAAGGUACACACCGAAGAAACAACACCACGAUGCUGUAUACUUACCGAGUUCUGUGUGAUGAUACCUACUACGGUGAAACGUGUUCCAAACUUUGCCGACCGAGGAACGACAAGUUUGGUCACUACACGUGCAGUUCGACGGGUGAGAAAGUGUGUUUGUCGGGGUGGACAGGAGAGUACUGUUCCGAAGCCGUCUGUUUUCCAGGCUGUCACAACCAGCAUGGCUACUGCAACCAGCCUAACGAGUGCAUUUGCCGGGAAGGUUGGCAAGGUCCUACUUGUCAUGAGUGUAUUCGGUAUCCAGGUUGUGUUCACGGCACGUGCUCUGAACCUUGGCAGUGUAAUUGUGAGGAGGGAUGGGGUGGACUCUUCUGUAACCAAGAUCUCAAUUAUUGCACUAACCACAAACCCUGUAAGAAUGGCGGAACAUGUACAAACACUGGGCACGGAUCCUACACUUGCACAUGCCCAGAGGGUUUCACGGGUUUGGAUUGUGAAGCUCACAUCAAUGACUGUUCCCAUGAGCCUUGUUUAAAUGGCGGAACGUGCAGGGGUACAGGGAAGAACUACACGUGCCACUGCCCCCUGGGUUACUACGGACGGCACUGUGAGACCUCCGCUAGCAUGUGUACCGAGAACCCAUGCUUGAACGGAGGAUCGUGUGUAGACCAACCAGGAGGAUACCAGUGCUUGUGCCUACACGAAUUCUCAGGAGUAAAGUGUGAAAUUCAGAAGAACAAAUGCGAACCAAACCCAUGUCAAAAUGGUGGAAGUUGUGUGGACCGACCCGACAGAUACACGUGUAUCUGUGGUACGGGAUUCAUGGGGGAGAACUGUGAACUGGACAUCAACGACUGCGCUGAGAAUCCAUGUUUAAACGGAGGGACGUGUGUGGAUGAUGUAAAUUCUUUUCAUUGCUCGUGUGUUCCGGGCUUCAUUGGUUCAUUGUGUCAGAUGAACGUGGACGACUGCCUUACCAAACCUUGCGCAAAUGGUGGAACGUGUCACGACCUGGUCAACGACUUUCACUGCCAAUGUCAUCCGGGAUUCACAUCAAAGGAUUGCUCCGUCGAAGUGAACGAAUGCAGUUCGAAUCCUUGUCAGAACGGAGGAUCUUGUGUAGAUCAGCGCAAUGUGUUUGUGUGAUGUCCAAGGGGCUUUAGUGGACAACUGUGCGAGCAGGCUGUACGCAACAAUGAGCAAAACGUUGCAGAGGUGAGAGUUGUAGAGCAGAAUGUGGACACUCCACCAAAGACUGCUGUAGCUGGCGUCUCUCAUCACGUCUCGGACAAAGACAGGCUCUCGGGACAGCACGUGGCGUUAAUCGGCACGUUGUCAGCCGUGGUUCCCAUAUUAGUGAUCGUUGCAGUGGUGAUUCUUCUACUUCUUCGGAGAAAAAAACGGCGGGAGAGAGAAAGGCAAGAUGAAGAAGUUAUGCGGAAGCAAAACGAACUUAAUUCAGUGCACAAUUUAAACAGAAAGUGCUUAGACAAUCAAAUAAUUAAUACUUUCGAGCGACCAAGCUCAAAGUUCUUAAACAUAAGCACUGAGGGGCAAGACCCUGCUAUGUUUGCCAAAGAGCAUUCAUUACCGCAGACAAAGUCUACGAAACUACUUAAUACGGACUGCCUCAGCAGCCGUGCCAGCAAAGUGCUGGACAGAGACUCAGAAAAAGGUGUAAUUAAUUCAAAUACACCAUUAGAUAGGAAACAGUCGGCACACCAGGCGCCGCUUCCAUCAGUCAGUCAAAGUGAGGCGUCGUCGUCGUCGAGAACGUGCCCUCACAGUAGUAUAUAUGUUAUAGAAGAUCAUUAUGUGCCCGAAGACAACAGUGACGGGAUGUUGGCAACUGAAGUGUAGUUUCACUCAACUUACACCCGUCCACCCCUUCUGUCCAAAGAUAGACUGUUCGAGUCAGCCUAUUUAUUUCGUGUUUUACGGUGUCUGAGAAAGUGCCUUGCAUGUUUCAUAGCUUGUACAAAGUCAGAAAAUUUUAUAUAUGAACUGAGUGAGAUAAUAUAGUUAAGUCAACACUUUGUAUUGUUUUAUUUAUUUUUUCUUACAGUUUUAUAUUUUUAAAGCUCCAGUAAAGAGCCUGUUCGGUUAAAAUGAAUUUAUCUAACACAGUAAAGGGAGUAUGUGUUGUAGACUUAAAUCAAUAGGCAGAGAUUGCCUAAUGAAAAAUAUAUUUAAAUCGAGUUGUCUUCUUUUUACCGUUUGCAAAAUGUGAUUUUUUUUUCGUUUCUCCUAAGUACUGUUUUUGUCAGAUGUACUUAAAAUGAAAUUCAAUUGUGAGACAAACUUAAUGUGUAACGAUGUCAAUAAUGAUUAGUUAUUGCAUUUAUAGCUAGAGUAAUUUAAAAAUCAACUUCUGCCAAUUUUGUAUAUAUGCAUGGAUAUUUAUAGGGCAUGUUGUACAGAAGCUUGUUCUAAUGCCCUAUGGUAAAUAAAAGUCAUAAGCAUUCUAUUUUUGCACCCAGA